GUCUUGCGGCUGUCAUCAUUGGAAGUGGACCUGAUGUGUCUUUCAACGGUGCGAAUGAGGUGGCUUUGAGCUGGCUGCUCCUCGGAAUCAGCGGCAGGGAACUCUUGGCAUCAACAGUCGACACAGUCUACAGUGAGUGUUUCGUCUGCAUCCGUGCAGACAGGACGUACAUAUUCUGCAAGCGAUCCGUGCAGCAGGAGGUGGUUAUGCGAACGGCGCUCUGGGAAGCGGUGACCAUCAUUGUGCCCUCAGAAGAAGACGAAGCCGAUGCCGACAAAUAUGAAGCUCUUAAGAUUGGAGCCUUCAUUGACAUGGUGAAGAGCUGCAGCUCCCUGGGUGUGUUUGCAAGAGAACUCGAUACAGGCCACGACUUGAAAAUGACCGUGGAGCGGUGGCCCUUGGUGCAGGCUUUUGGAUUCGACGACUACGGCCAUGGAUUCUUGACUUUGCGCCGGCAUGUGGUAAACUUGGAGGCAGAUUUCCAGCGAAAGAUCUUGGCCGCUUGGGAUCUCCAAUCCAUGCUCUGGGCACGAAGCCUGGUCUCAAAGCUGCAGAAAGCCUGGGAGGACGCGUUGCUCUGCUAUGACGCUCAUGCAGGAAAAGACUUCCUGGCUGUCAGUCCUUUGCUGGACUAUUUCUUGUAUGGGCGCUUAUCCAUGACUGAUGAAGAUGUGGUGGCUCUGCGAGAAGGACAGACAGGAGCUCCGGCUUUGCAAUUAAAUCCGGCCCCGCGGGUCCUCUUCGGUGUGGAGUCCGACAAGAUUGUCCUUGGAAUAAUCCCUACCGGAGACGAGCCGCCUCAGCAUGUUGCACCGGACGCGCAGCACAUGAUCUGGGAGGGUGUCGAUCCUGUCACCGGCAUUGCUGCCACGCGCACGUACCUCCUCAACACGCCGUUUGAGCAAGGUGCUUCGCCGGUGACCAGUGCCAAGACCAGGGCUUUAUGUCGUGCAUAUGCAGCUGCAACACACUGCUGUCGGGAGAUUCUGCAGAGCAGGCCUAGUGACCUGAGUUGCACGUCCAGUGACAGAGACAGGACUCUCAGGCACAAGAUCGAGGAGAUACUGCGUUCAUCUUUCACCGAUGUGAGCGGAAGGCCAGACGUGUACUGCAGGGAAGUUGACGGCAUGGGCUUGCCGAUGCAAGCAAAUCAGACUGAAGUGAGGUCGACCUACAUUGCUUUGCUCUUCGUCCGGGUGAGCAUCGUAGGCGUUUCUGAGGGCAACACUCCUCUUGGCGCUGUUUCUUACGGCGAUUCCAUCUUUCUGACGAGAGACAGGACCACCCUCGAAGCAGCGACUGUUCCUUUGUUGGCUUCUGUACCGUCUUUGGCCUUCUGGAAAGGGCCUUCAGACGAAGAGCGUUCGAAGCAUGUCAGGACUGGCCUGGAGACUGCCAUGGGGGUCGGCCUGGAUUGGGGACGUUCUGUGGCGCUUGGUCAUCGCAAAGAUGUUCGCGUAUACCUGGAGCCGCCAGAACAACCGCCAGAUCCACUUCAGCUCGGGGAGGACAGCCUGGACGUUGCUGCAGCGUGUCAACUGGCCACCGGCUUCUGUACCGGUGAAAACACUGGGUCUGUGCUUGGCUUGGCCACAGGAAGCUGCUGGACGUAUGCAUCUGGCAAGGUUGUUGUUGUCACACCUCGAACGGGGCAUGUGCUACUGAAGAUAUGUGGCGCUGGCGACGGCAUCCUGCCUGCUGUCAAUGCGGCAGAUGGCAAGGUGUGGGUUGCAGCUGCUGAGGCUGGCGAGCCGACCUUGGACACCUCGGGCAUGAAGAUCGCAAUAACGACAAGUCCUGAGACACUCUCUGUGUGGCGCCAGUCGCUGAAGGGCCAGGAAGCACCCGGGACAUUGAGGCUAGACUGGCUGGAGGCUGGAGGCCAAGCGGAUGAUUUCCUUCCUGUUGCCGCUCUACUGUCGGCACUGACGGGGGAUGAGGGCCAGGAUGUCUUGGAAGCUACGCUAAACUCUGGCAGAAUUUCAGCACGGCCUUGGUCGGAAAACUACCAGUGUGUGCUCGUGACAGGCUUACCGGGCUCUGGCACUAUGGAUCUUGCGAAAGCGCUCUCGAAGGUGAUGCGAGCACCCCUUCUCGACAUGGCCGCGAUGUGGGACAGCAGAAGCUCUGGUUCGAGGGUGUUCGGCUUGCGCGAUUGGCUGCAGGCAAAUGCCCAAGAAUGGGCUGUGCUUUGUGACGUCGAGCAGGAUCCUGCUGAACUGCUGCAGCUGUGUGAGUCUCAAGGACUCAGCAUCAUAAGCCACGUUGUCUCCGUCCUGGAGCCCUUCGUUGCAUACCCUUGGGGUGCCGCCCGCCACCCGUUGCUGCUAAGCCGCACAGCCAGUGGCUGGGUCGAUGCUGCUUUCGUGCAGGAUGGCCUGGUGAAGAACGGCAAGAGUUCGCAGGAGCAUCAUGAGCUUUGCUCUCUGCUCCUCAAAGAGAUGCACUCCAGCCGCGGUGGCGAGCAGGCGAGCAUGAGACCGCUGACUGGUGACAUCAUCGAGGGUGCAUUGAGACGAAGUCCAUCGCCACUUGCACGAUUCCUGUCCCGGCCGUAUCAGGGAAUGUCUUCGACUCACGGCGAACUUUUCCAACCGCAGGCCAAGCUUUGGAGAUGCUUCGUGCCAACAUUUCACGUUCUGGACUUCGAGGUUCUCCGAAAGCUCUGCGCACAAUGCCUGCACCAAGCUGCAGAAGAGUUCAUAUUGCCUCCUGAGCGCAGCUCUCACUGCCCUUCGGUCUGGAAAGGCCUUUUCUGCAUCGAGGCCAAGGCCCGUGCCGUGGAUUCUGGUGCUUCUUUCUGGGCUCAACCGGCACUGGAGCUUCAAAAGGCGGCCGAGGAAAUGGAGAUCACAGCAGCCAAGGGACUGGUUCUCACCCCCAAGGGUGAGCUGCGACCGCCGCAGCAUUGGCAGGAGCCGUUGUCUUCAGAACUCGGUGUUGUUUUUUGGUGGUGCCUUCUAGAUGACAAGGCCUCGGAAGAUCAGUUGAUUGCAGCAGCGACAGCAGAGAUUGCCAAAUGUGGCUUGCAAGAGCCGCCCGAGGAAAUCGUCUGGGAAGUCGACACCAUGCCUGUGAGCCUGCGAGCCAAAAUAGAGGAAGAGGUGCGACUGGAAGGUCCACCAGACGGCUACUACUUUGAUGGGGUCCGCUACAUCAGACAAGAAGACUGUGGAGUCAGCAUGGAGCAUCCAAGCUUCAGUGGUCGGCUUGCCUGUGCCGCAGCCAAGCACAAUGCAGAGCAAGUGGCACGACGGCGGUUGAUACAUCAGGUCAUGCAGAUGCCCCUUUUCGGCCGCACAGCUUUGCCGAGCAAUGCCCAACCUGAGCCUGGGGGGCCUGGGGUCCGUCCAACAAGAGGCUACAAAAGUUAG